AUGGACGGGUGGUGCGCGGAGUCCGACUGUCCACCACGUCGAAGAACCCGCUCUCCAGAACGCGAUCGAACCGUCCAUCAUUUCGUUAACGACCGCCUUUCCGGCGAGUUCUUCCACAAUCUCACAAAUCUCAGAAGAAAUGAUGAACUGUGCGACGUCGUAAUCGAAGCCAGUGGCCCGAUUGAUGCGGGUGGAGCCGAAUCGGAAAGCGCUCCACCAACAAUCAUCGCUGCUCAUAAAGUCGUUUUGGCAGCAGCAUGUCCAUACUUCAUGGCCAUGUUCACAAGCAGUAUGGUUGAGUCGAGCAAAAAUAGAAUUGUGAUAAAGGAUAUCGAUGGUGCAACACUAGCCUCUCUUGUUGAAUACAUGUACAGCGGUCGCUUGGAUAUCGACGAAUCAAAUGUUCAGCUGCUACUGAGCACGGCAACUAUACUUCAGUUAGCCUGCGUUCGUGACGCUUGUUCGAGAUUUCUCUUGGAUCAAUUAGAUGCCACGAAUUGUCUAGGAAUCGCUUCCUUUGCCCAAACACAUAACUGCACUCAGUUGGCUCAUGCUGCUCAAAUGUUCACUCACCAACACUUCAGACUGUUGAUUGAAAGUGAAGAGCUGCUCACGAUGGAUGAAGCCAGUUUCAUACAACUGAUCUCUGACGAUAGGCUUACAACGGAGGGAGAAGAGGCAGUUUUCGAAGCGGCAAUUAAUUGGGUGAAGUACGAUCUUACAAGGAAACCAUCCCUUCCGAAGGUCCUCGCAGCAGUUCGUUUACCGUUAAUUUCUCAGGAAUUUUUGCUUGAUCGCGCAUAUCAAGAACCUUUGGUAAGCUUCCUUUGUUUUUUUCUUACUUCUCAUACUUCGCCACUCAAUCGGUCUCGCGAUCCUCGUGGGGCUACUCGCAGUCCCGAAGAGCUGUUUGUGGAUAGCGCCACCGUGGUUGACCGCGCUCUGUCGUUAAUAAUUGUACCGCUUCACCUGGUAACAGAACAAUCUUCAUCUCCUUCACAGAUCAAGUAUACCAGCAGCUGA